AUGACAGUUCCGGAGAAAACGAUUCAGUCUUUGCUGGACAUGGGCAUCUCUCGGGAAGUGGCCAUCGAGGCUCUUUCAAGAACCAAUGGCGAUGUUGAGGCAUCCGUGAACUACAUAUUCUCUGGGGAACUUCCAGAGCGCAAACAUGGGCCUGAGCAGUCCGAGGCAGCUUGUUUGAAGGACGAUGAUCAUAUGGGGACCGUAGAGACGUUUGAAAAUGCACCAGGAUCACCGGAAGCCCGUUCUGAGCACGCAGCCUCGUCAGACGAGGAUGAAGCACCCGCUCGAUCUUCCUUCGAUUCGAGUACAUCUGCAGACACGAGCGUGGAUCUAGUGAAAGCCGAUUCAGAUGAUCCUGUUGCGAUCCUACCGGCGCCAAGAAAUGCUGUGAUCGAAAAUUACUUUGCGCUCUUUUGUAUGGCAGUGGGGAUCAGCUUUCCUCACUAUUUUCUGCUGCCAGACUUCAAAGACCUUUCUUACAAUAAGGAUUGGUUCAGGGGUCUGUACUUGGAGCCCAAGUACCGGAUUAAGUUUGAUUCCAAUGAUACUGUGGUAAUUGUACCAAAAGAGGAACUGUCCAGCAAGGAUUCGGUCAUUCUGCAACCCGAGCUACUAUGGCAAUUCCAAAAAUUUCUUGCUGUCCAAAACACACCUGAUUGUAUGAGAAGAUUUGUGAGUGCCACAUAUCUCAGUAAAGUACUCGAGCCCAUUGUUGUGGAGAAAUUGAACAAUUGUGAGCAUCUUUAUGAUGUGCUCCCAACGUUCAUCAAGAGUCUCACUAACGACGUGGAAAUGUGUCCCAAUUCUCCAAGUAUCAAAGAACUCUUCAUAUCAACUGCAUAUUAUAAACCAGCAAGUGAUGCUGAGCCAAUGGAGACACUCGUAUCACUAUUACACUUUCUUCCCGAGGAGUAUGACACGAACUUGUACAAGAUGUUUAAUGUUUUAUUGUAUCCCGAGGACGAUGUCGAUUCUGAUGUCGAUGAGACCUAUAAUUCAUUGGGAAACCUGGCGCCAAUGCUUACCGUAGUUUUUGAUGAAAUGGACGAAAGCACAGAAGAAGUUCAUGCGACACAAGGUGUGGAAGUGCCUCUUGAGUUUUACCCUCAGCUUUAUACAAGAGAGGCCAAGGAGUCUCUGAUCAGGGAUAUCAUUGUACGCAGGAGAGAAACGCAACUCGAAUCGCGGAAGAUUCUGCGCACGCUGAACGAUCUCAAGAGUUUCCAAGGAAAGGAUGUGACUUCAUUCCUCAGCAACUCCAUAGAUUUUCUAUCAAGAGACACUUUGGUUGAUAGUAGUACACCAGAAAUGAGCGAACUAGUGGAAAGUUUGGAGUCAGUCAAAGAUCAAAUAACUGCUCGGAAGGCCAAAAGCAUGUCUGACUAUAAGCUUCUAUCUCAAAAGCUGAAUUCGGACUGGAAUAUUUCACACCCAGAGAUCAGCGUUAUAGACCAUGCCAAGGAGCUAGGUAUAAUAGAUGAACCCUAUAUUCUCACCACCGCAAUACUCUCGCCUUAUCACUAUUACAUCCGGCAGAGAAACGGCCAAUGGUACCGCACUGUUUGUGAUGAACACGAGAUCACUAGAAUAACUGUCACCAGGGUUGAGCCAAAGGAAGUAGUAAACACGAUCAAAGCUGGAACGAGGUUUGCUUCUCUUACCCCUCUUAUGUUUACUUACUUUAAGAAGAGCCACAUUGACACCGAUGACACUGUCAGAAAAAUUCUGGCGGAAAAUGUAGGUGCUGCCAAUUUUUCUCUGAAGGAGGAGGAACAACUAAAAUCGUUGCCUAGCAAACACAAAGAAAAAUUGAUUGAUUUUUAA